AAUGAAAGCAAAAGAGGUUAAAAUAAGUUCGCAGAGGAGCAAUCACUUCGUAGCCAAUAUAGUCAGACCUACUACACCAAUAGGGUUGCGAAAUGAUAAAAAUCAGUUGUUUCAUCAAGAAAAAGACAAGAGGAAAGCCAGAAACUUUAAGAGGCCUAGGCUAGGCUCCGACACUACUCAUCAUGAUUCCUAUCGAGACUAUAAUGCCAAAAUCAGAGACGUCUUCUGCUCAAUUAGAAAGAUACUUGAGGAGAAGAGGUCCAAGAAUAGUAAGAAAGCUCAAAACAGGGAAAUUUUGGAAAUUCCUGAAAACUCAAACAGAAGACUUGAUGAAAACCCUCUACCCAAACUAUUAGAAGCGCUGGAGAAGCAAAGAGCUCGAGAAGUUAAGCCAACAAGGAAAGUGGAAUUUAAGCCGAAUGUUGACAUCUUUGGGAAUUGCUCUAAAAGUUCAGUGUCCCAAGGAAGCGAUGAAACAAGUGAAAGGAGAACUCUUGUUCACGACAAAAGAUCUCUUGGAAAACCCUCAGAUUCCUUGAAGGUAAAUUUUGAUGAAAAUUCUUCCCAACCUUCAAGCGAAGAAAUUUUGUUUCAUGGAACUGAAAAGACUCUAAGAGAUAUGUAUGAGAGAUACAGUGGCAAGAGGGACAGCCUUAACACUUGUCAGAGAAUGAAUGACAUUAUCCUUAAUCAUAAGCGUCGUCUAGCCCAUCUCUAUAAUUGCCCUGAUAAAGAAAUCAUAGAAUAUGAAGACCAGACAAGGAAAGAAGAAAUUGACUUCCUCCAUCCUGAGCACAAGAGAAUCUCUCUUUUUCAUCUCGAGAACUUUUCUCCUAACAAAAAGUAUAAGAUCAGUAGACAGCUUAAGAACAGACUAAUUCACAAGAGGGAGAAGAUCUUUGAGCUUGGAGGUAAAAAUGCCAAAAAGUCAAAACCUAACCAAAAGCAUGGUAGCAGAAACAAGAAGACUCUUCAUGCUGGUGAUCCUAAAAUGUAUCAUAACGUCCAAGGGGAUGUACCUGAAUUCUAUACCGAUUUCGAGAAACAGAUGGAUAAAAAGGAAGCUGAAGCUCAAGGAAACCCUUUAACUCCCUCCUGCACUCCAACAAUACCAGUAAAGAGAAAGCCAGCUACUCUUUCCUGUGCUUAUCAUAACAAAAACGUUGAAGACUGCACCAAAAUGGCCAAGCACGGUUUGAUCAACGUAGCUUGGACAGAUAAUUUCAAAGUGCACAAUUUCAAAAAUUUCCAAAGGAAAGUCUAACCUUUGAUGAACCCAAUGUUAACCCAAUCUCAUCAUUUUUCUGACAUAUAAUUGAUAUUUAAAUUUCAC